ACAUGGCCUUUCAUUUGCUGUGGCUACGAAUUAACGAAGAUGUCCCUCUUUAAAUCAAAUCACAAAACAGUAAAACACACGUAAAACUUGUUCAAUCCUACUCGCCCCCUUUCUGUAUCUCCAUGGAUACCCUCCUCUCCAAUUCCACUCUGUUGUUCAGAACCCCACUACUUCCAGUUCGUGCAGUUACUUCAACUUCUAAACUGAACUUCUCUUCAAUUGCUUUCACUUCAUCAAACGAUACUACUCACCACUUUUUUACCUCUCAAACUAAAAUUAAACUAUCUUCCACAUCUCCCAAAUUCACCUGCGCUGCUUCUGGUGGCAUAACGGAGAUAUCCCAGAGUGAGUUUCCAAACACGGUCUUGAAGUCUGAUCGUCCGGUUCUAGUUGAGUUCGUGGCCAACUGGUGCGGUCCCUGCCGCUUGAUUGCUCCCGCCAUCCAAUGGGUCGCUCAGGAAUAUGGAGACAGAUUGAUGGUUGUAAAGAUUGAUCAUGACGCGAACCCUCAACUAAUUGAACAGUAUAAAGUUUAUGGAUUGCCAACUUUGAUUCUCUUCAAGAGUGGGCAGGAAGUUCCGGAAAGCAGGAGAGAAGGUGCAAUUACAAAGGCAAAGCUCAAAGAGUAUCUUGAUCCUCUCUUGGAGUCAAUCUCAGUUGCAUAGUCCUCUCUCACAUUGCUAAGCAAAUAUAUCCUCAUUCUUUGAGAUUCUGACAUCUGUGAAAUCAAAUGUGGGUAAAUCUAUACUUCAAUAUAUUCUUGUAACAUAUUUUGUAAUAGAGUCCGGUCUAUGUAUGUAUUCAAUUGUAUAAUUUUGAGCUAUAAAACACUAAAUUAUCACAGAUCUGAGUUGAGUUCUAGUUCAAUGUAAAGUUCCGAAGGACAGACUUCUCUUAAUUAUUAUUCAUUAUAUCAUUAGUCUGAGCUA